CCAAACAGACCCGAAGUCAGUCCGAGUCCGCUCAGCCCGGCUGGAGGUUCCGAACAGCAGCAGCAGCAGCAGGUCCGCGGACACCGGAGUGGGUCUGAACCAGCUCGAGGUCGUUGUAAUCUAAACCGGCAGACAGACGGAGGGGCAGACAGGGGGACCCGGGGACUCGGUCUGAUCUCGCUUUGUUCGCUUUCUCUCCGGAUAUUCCCACAAAGAACUCGGAAGUUUCAUUUUUUAAAAAAUAUUUUUCACACUGAAGUUUUGCUGUUUUUUUGUCCUGCUGAUUUUUUUCUUUUUAAAUUGAAACCAAAGAAGUUGCUCAGAAACUGACAGCUGACUGACGACAGGUUGCGCAACCGAGACAAUAAGAAGCAAACAAAGACGUCACCACCAGUUCUCCCAGUGCCGCUGCCGCCGCUGGUCCCAGUCGGAGGUUAACAUAAUAAGAAAUUAUUUUGUUUUUAUGUUUACACCAACAUCUGCUGCACAGACAGACAGAGACCUGCACCUACACGCUAACUCUACUGAAUUUCUACUGAACCUACCGGCUUCCUGUUGACCUGCAGUCCGAACCAGCCUGCCUGAAGAUGAGCACCGGAGUGUCUACAACCAGAUCUCAACUGUGUCUGAAGAGACUUCUGGACGAGCCUCAAGACAAUUCACUGAAAUAUAAACGAGCCCGUCUGGCUCCGCCCCCUACCUCUACUGGCAUAUCACCCUGCCUGAGGCCCACAAGCCCCACCCCCACGUCCAACUUGAGCCAAUCCUCAUCAAGAGUUGGGCCGUAUUUCCUCUUUGAACGUUGUGAGAGGGAAGAGACCUACAGGGCUGUGCAUGUGCACACACAGCAGCAGUACACCUGUCAGGUGCUCCCACUGCGUGGAUACCAGGAACGGCUGGCAGCCUACGACCGGAUUGGUAAACACGACAACAUCUGUGGUCUGCAGGAUGUUGUAAUUGGACAAGACAAGGUGUAUGUAUUCAUGCCUGGUCACCAUGGUGACAUGCACGCUUACGUGCGGAGCAGGAAACGCCUGAACGAGGAGGAGGCGGGGCUUCUGUUCGCCCAGAUGCUGAACGCUGUCAUGCACUGCCAUCAACAUGGCGUGGUUCUGAGAGACCUGAAGCUCCGCAGAUUCGUCUUUAUCGACAAAUACAGGACUUCUCUGGCCCUCCUUGGACUCGAUGACUGCGUGCUCCUGCACGGUAUCAAUGAUGACGACUCUCUAACAGACAGACACGGCUGUCCUGCCUACGUUGGCCCUGAGCUGCUGAGCAAUGGCAACGGGUCGUAUUCAGGCCGUGCUGCAGACAUCUGGAGCCUGGGCGUGUCCCUGUACACGAUGCUGAUUGGACGAUACCCUUUUCAAGACACGCAGCCUGCGGCGCUGUUCGCCAAGAUACGGCGUGGGGCAUUUAGCCUGCCUGAAUGGCUGUCGCCAGAGGCCAAGUGCCUGAUUGGCUGCAUGCUGAGGAAAUCACCCGCUGAGAGACUGACGGCGUCUGAGCUGCUGAUGCACCCGUGGCUGACCAAACCCCGCACGCCACACAGCAACAUGCACAAGAUGCAUCACAACUCCCACACAACACUACAGAAUAAACAGGAAGAUGAUCAAGUGGUGCCAAUAUGGACUGAGAAAAAUUAACACGCAUUUCUAUCUCUAUACUUGUGAGGACCCUAAAAGCCUGCAACCUAAACCUGAUUCACACUUCCAACUGCAAAACCUAAUCUGGACUCUGAAAACAGCCCUUUAAAGAUGUGAGCCUCUGAAGACACGUCCUCACACCUCACAGUCAAAACUCCAAAGUGGUCUUCACAAAUACAGACGCAUUAAAAUCACAGGAGCACUACAGAGACAGUCUAAUCCUGGAUUACUUGACCCUCAUGUGCCUUCUUCUCUCUGUAAGCUGUGUCUCAGUUCAAGCCCCGCCUCUUUUUGAUGGCAUGGCCUCCAAAGGUGGUUUUCUUUCACAGAUUUUCCUACAUUGGACUCUCGGUUCCACCAGUAAGGGACACAAAGGAGAACUAAUGGUGUGUUCAGGUGCACAUCCUCGAAAAGUGGAGAAUGUCCCGAAUCCCCAAGUGCUGCAUAAACUGUUAAAAACAGUGUUUUGAGUAGGGUUAUUUGUACAUAUGUUGAGGGAUGGAUGUUUAAGGUUAAGCAUCUAGCAUUGUAACAGUAUAUAUUUAUAUAUGACACAGAAGCAUAAUAGGUCCCAUUUACGGGCACUGAAAUGUGUUGAAAACUGCCCUGAACACACCUUUAUGUUUAAACUUAAGGGCGUAAAAGGAGGCGGAGCCUAAAAUGGAACAUGACUUCUUUCUUUCGGUGUUUACACUGUUGAAAGAUAAAAAAAAUAAAUAAAUCUUUCUGAAAACACUGAGAAGCAGAAAAAUUACCCUUUUUUUUUUUUUUUUUUUUAAGCACGGCAUUAAAAAU